AUGGCUAGCUCAAAGUUACGCCGUAUCGCCUGUCCUUACGGAGUACCAGGUACCAGGUUAAUGACAGGGAUUAUGCGUGGGAGCCUCUCCAAUUUCCCGGUUCUUGGGUUUUCAAACCGCCACUCUCCGAGCCAACGAGUUCAGGCCCGUAAACUGCGAUAUUCCGACUCGAGUGUCGUCUGGCUUGUAAAGUGCGGGCGUCUACUUCUGGACCAUGGUCUCCUCAUCAGACUUUGA